CCGUACCCGUACCCGAACCGUAUACACUUCGUCAGCUGAGCAGGUGCAGGGUCCCGUACAAACGACUCGAAGGUGGUGUUCACUGUCCAGUCCACCGCCACGUUUUUUGUGCUCCUUACUCUUUUUUCACCCAAUACCACACCAAAUCCAACCCUCGGUGAUCUAAACCGGAGAAAUAUGGCGGUUGCUGGUACCACACUCAUGUGUUGCUCACUUCCUCCGCCACUUAAUACAAACCAAUCACCCAUGGCCAUCGUCAUUCCCACUAAGACAACACUUCUUCCUCUUCAGGUCACUAAAGGAGAGAAGUUACAGAAGACUUUAUCUGUUUCACGAAGAGAUAUGAUCUGUUUGACUGCUCAAACAAUGAGUUUGGCUACAUUUUGGUCAGCACAACCUGCGGAAGCUCGCAUUAGUAAGUCUGAUAUGAAGAGAAAAAUACUGGAGAAGCUGCAGCAGCUCAGGGAAAAGGCUGGAUUUGCAAAACCAAAAGAUGAGAAGGGGGAAAACUCUUCUCCAGAACCACCAUCAGGGAAAGAUGGAAACCUUCAAGGUUUGUCACCAUCUCAAAAGUCUCCAGAAAAGCGAGUUGACAAUUUGGUGGAAGCUGCCCUUGAUCAAGUCUUGACUUUCAUCCCAUGAUUCCUAGAGUGCUGGCUAUGCUUUUAACUUUCACGAUUUAUAUAUGAACUUUUAUUGAAGGGGGCUUAUCUGCUAACCAUGGAUAAAAAAAAACCCUCAAAAUUCAUGGUUUCUUAUGUCUGGCAGGUUGUGUCUGGAGGUUUGCAUAUUAGUUCAUGUAAAUCUAAGGACCAAAAGGGCCGGAGUUUAUGUAAUUUUGCGAGACCCACUUAUGGAAUCUUAUUCACUUGGAAGGA